UUCAUUUGAGACUGGCUCGAUAAAUGAAUACUUCAAAGCAACUCUGCAUGUUGUCAGUUCCAUUUCCUGUCUACGCCGCGUGUGCUGAACUCUUUCCUAUCGUACUUUUGCCAGACUAAGGUCUGCAGAAGACACACACACACAAACCAUGCCGCAGAAUGAGUAUAUGGAACGUCACCGUAAAUUAUACGGUAGACGACUCGAUUAUGAGGAGCGUAAACGCAAGAAGGAAGCACGUCUUCCCAAGGAUCGGGCACGCAAAGCCCGCAAGUUGCGCGGCAUCAAGGCCAAGUUGUUUAACAAGGAGCGACGCAACGAAAAGAUUCAGAUCAAGAAGAAGAUUCAAGCCCAUGAAGAGAAGAAGGUGAAGAAGCAGGAGGAAAAGGUUGAAGAUGGAGCACUGCCACACUAUCUACUGGACAGAGGCAUCCAAUCGAGUGCCAAGGUCCUGUCCAACAUGAUUAAGCAGAAGCGCAAGGAGAAGGCCGGCAAAUGGGAUGUGCCCAUACCAAAAGUGCGCGCCCAAUCGGAUGCCGAGGUAUUCAAGGUGCUGAGGACGGGAAAAACAAAGCGAAAGGCCUGGAAGCGUAUGGUCACAAAAGUCACAUUUGUUGGCGAGAACUUUACACGGAAACCGCCCAAGUUUGAACGCUUCAUCCGACCGAUGGCACUGCGCAUGAAGAAGGCGCAUGUAACGCAUCCCGAAUUAAAGGCCACCUUUCAUCUGCCCAUCAUUGGGGUGAAGAAGAAUCCAAGCUCGCCAAUGUUCACAUCGCUGGGAGUCAUCACCAAGGGUACAGUGAUUGAGGUCAACAUCUCGGAGCUGGGUUUGGUAACGCAAACCGGCAAAGUUGUUUGGGGUAAAUACGCACAAGUCACAAACAAUCCCGAGAACGAUGGCGUCAUAAAUGCUGUAUUACUUGUGUAAUUAGAUUCUAAGUGAUUUCCAAACAAACAAAACUACAAAUAAAUAAAUAUUAAAACAAAACA